AAUUCUAUUUUCAAAGACUCCCCUGUAAAGCAACGAUUUUUUUCAUUUAAAAACAACAGCACGUCAGCCCUAACUACGUGUUAUAAUAUUCCAAAAAAAUAUUUAAUGUUACAAAAAAAUGACGGACAAAGUUCAUCUAUCGAUAAAUGAUGGCAGAAUCAAAGGUAUCAAAAAAACAUCGAAUUUCUCAGGUGCAGAAUACUACUCCUUCUUGGGAAUACCAUACGCUCAACCAACAACCGGAAAUGCUCGUUUUAAAGAUCCAGUAAAAAUAAAACCUUGGAAGGCAACUUUGGACGCUACAGUGGAAAAGCAAGGUUGCAGGCAGUUUUCUCUGGUUCGAAGAGAUCUUUCAGGGUCAGAGGAUUGUCUCUACAAUAAUAUCCACACACCUGAACUACCGAAAGAAAAUACGACAUUGAAAUCUGUGAUCGUGUGUAUCCAUCCUGGAGGAUAUUUUUACGGCUCUCCGGAGCCGACUCAAUUUGGAUCUCCUGAAUUUAUCAUACAUCAUGAUAUUGUUUAUGUCUGUGUUAGUUUUCGAUUGCAUAUUUUAGGAUUUUUAAACCUCGGUUUGCCAGAAUGUUCGGGAAACCAAGGAUUGAAAGACAUUAUAAUGAGUCUCGAAUGGGUAAGAGACAACAUACGCGUUUUUGGAGGUGAUCCUAAUGAUGUAACUCUACUAGGAAGCAGUAGCGGAUCAUCCUUGGCACAUUUUUUAAUGACUGCACCAAAAGCAAAAGGUUUAUUUCAUAAAGCAGUUCUAAUGGGAAUGUAUAAUAUGAGCCCCGUCAUCAUAAAUCCAAAUGAAAAUAUCGCGGUAGCCUUCGAACUGGCCCAACGUUUGGGAUACAAUGGGACAGCUGAAGAUAGAAAACAAUUAUUAUUGUUUUUUAAAAGAAUUCCAGUCGAUGCCAUGAUACUUCAGAGAAUAGAAAACAUGAACAAUAAGACGAAGCUGCCACUGUAUCCUGCUUCACCAUUUCUAACUACAUCAUAUGAAGGAGAUGGAAGCAUUAUACCUGUAUAUCCAGAUAAUUUAAUACCUUCAACCGCCAGAAUUCCAAUAAUGGUUGGCUUUUGUGAACAUGAAGCUGCUAUGGUAUUUCUUAAUGUAUUCAAAAAAAAACUAAAAAAUCAAUUUUAUUCAAGUUUGACUCAAAAUGUUUGGGCAUGGGGAAGUGAGCUGACUGAAGAAGAUUUGCAAAUAAUCAAGCAGAAAGCAGAACAGUUCUAUUUGAAUGGCGAAUCUACCGAAACAGCGAUCUUGUCUGCAAGAUGUGAGAUUCAAACUGAUAUUUCUUUAUCAGAUCUGUAUGAAUCCCUAAUCAAUGUGGUUGCUGAAGACCUUCCUUCUUCAGUAUUUGUCUAUAGAUUCAACUACGAGGGUAGUAUUCCUACAAUGAAAGAAAGGAUAAUGGGACAAUUGGAUGCACCCUUGAAAGGGACUGUCCACGGUGACGAUUACAGUUACUGGGCGAUGAUGAAAGAUCAUUUGAAUAAAUUGGAGUAUUCUAUACAACCAAGAUGUCGCGAGAUGGUUGAAAAAUUCACCAAAUUAAUCACAACCUUCGUGAAAACAGGAGAUCCGAAUUACGAAGGUUUGGAAGUUCACUGGAAACCUUCGAGCGUGGAUAAUCCAUGUUAUUUGAGUUUCGAUGAUCCAUUAACGGUAGUCGAAGGUAAACUGAAUGGAAAACGAAUGGAAUUUUGGGAAGAUAUCAAGAAACAAUUCAGCAAACGUUAAAAGCAAUGUGCCAAUACCUCAUCUGGGCUGUCUGGUUAUUUUUCACAUUGGACAUUUUGUCAUCUUGCGUACUUUUUUCACUCCAAAAACCAAUAAGUAAUGAAAAAUGGAACCUCGAAGAAUAAUUUUAAUGUCAGAGAAUCUAUUUUAACGAACAUGCACCUAAUUCAACAAUUUUUCAACACUAAAAAAUCAUCGCAUCAAAAUUUGAAAAAUCAACGUAUUUACAUAUUUAAUUAACUCGUUUUUUCUAAUUUUAAACUUGUUAUCACAAUUGCAAAGACAUACGUACAUAAAAAAAAGACAG